CAUACCUAUACGUAUCCCUAGGUAGCCCCUAAAGUUGGAUAAAUAUAUAUAUAUAUAUACAUCAAACCGGCUCAACCUCUAUUCUUGCACGCUGGUAAACUUCUUUCAAACACCACACACCCACAGUCUGAUAAUAAUGGCGCAAUUUCGAAUCGAUGGCUUUGCGAUCGUUGUAGGAGCAGCAGGCGGCAUUGGACGAGAGGUUGUCUUAACGUUUGCUGAAGCUGGCGUGAAGGGUAUCUUGCUAGCCGAUAUCAACUCUGAAGGCGUCGCUCAAGUCGCGGAUCAAAGCAAGGCUUUGGCAUCAAACCCCAAAUAUCGGUGUAUUUCAACCGUAGUCGACGUUGUAGAUGUUGCGUCUGUGGACGCUCUAGUCAAUCUUGCCAAGACUGAAUUCGACAGAGUUGACUACUGCGUUAACGCAUUCGGCGUCGACGUUGCUUCUUACGUUUCAUUUGAGGAUACUGACCCCGACGACUAUGACAGAGUCCUCGGAAUCAACACAAAGGGCGUGUUCCUUGUUACGCGCGCUGUGGCCAAAAUCAUGCAGUCGCAGGAACCUGUCUCGGUUGAUCUGGGAAGACAUGGACGGCGAGAUGUCGGCCGUGGAUCUAUUGUCAAUGUUUCUUCGGCUAUGGCCCUUGUUGCCGUACCCGCGAAAGCCCCGUACACUACGUCCAAACACGCAGUUACGGGUAUCACAAAGGCUGCAGGUUCGUAAACCACAAAAGAUGUCUUCCGCAGCUUUAACUGCUUAUAAGAACAGUGAUGGAUUUCAAAUCUGCAGGCAUCAGGGUCAACCAAGUAUGUCCUAUAUGGGUCAAGACGCCGAUGUUCGAAGAAGAAUGCCGGAGAAUCCCCGAGACGCCACAGAUAAUCGAGAAACUAUCCCCUCUCAAGCGAGCCAUCGAGCCAGAUGAAGUCGCCUCGGCCUGCUUGUACCUUUGUAGCCCUACUGCUGUUUAUCUAAACGGGAUUACCUUAACCAUGGAUUCAGGGCUCACUGCAGGACCUAUGAUUGGUUGAAGGCAUCAUUUAGAUCACCAGAACCAUUCACGGAAGAGAGAGGGAAAGAGAGGGAUUAUGAAUUGGUAUCAUUCGUUAGGAGGUUGAUGUUGCUGUAGUCUAUAAGUACGAUACGUAGGUAGGUAACUCAUUAGGUACAUAUAUUCAUGAUCUAGCUACAAUAAAUCACCCUUAUUGACCAGGUAGGCAGAGACUUAAGUCAGUAUUGCUAUCUUGCAUC